CGAAAUCGUUAUAUAACAUUUGGUGUAAAACGCAGAUGUUUUUUUCUUUACAAUGGCUCUUUCGCGUUUCAAGGACCUGUUUCACUGUUCAAGAGCCGCUGUGAUUGGCAUGGUCCAUGUCAAGGCACUUCCGGGAACACCCUUGAAUCGUCACGGAAUUAAUGAGCUGGUUGAGAUGGCUCGUCAGGAAGCAUUUGCAUAUAAAGAGGCCGGUGUUGAUGGUGUCUUGGUGGAAAAUAUGUUUGACAUCCCGUACCUCAUGGGAGCAUCAUUAGGACCAGAAGUUGUAGCCACAAUGACAAGGGUGUGCCAAGAAGUGCGAAGUAUCAUUCCCAAACACAUUCCUUGUGGCAUUCAGAUUCUUGCAGGAGGAAACAAGGAAGCUCUGGCAGUCGGGAAGGCAUGUGGACUUCAGUUCAUCCGAGCAGAGUGCUUUGUGUUCUCCCAUGUGGCUGACGAAGGGCUCAUGAAUGCAUGUGCUGGGCCUCUGCUCCGAUACAGACGUUCCAUUGGGGCAGAUGAUGUGUUGGUUUUCACAGACAUUAAGAAGAAGCACAGUGCUCACUCCAUAACAAGUGAUGUAGAGAUAGCAGACAUGGCAGAAGCAGCUAAGUUCUUUCUUGCCGAUGGUGUCAUUCUUACUGGUUCUGCAACGGGACAGGAAGCUGAUCACCGCCAGCUUGAAAAUGUCAUAAGCAAAGUGGACCUGCCGGUUUUGAUUGGGUCAGGUGUCACUAGCGAUAAUGUUCAUAAGUACAUGGAUGCGCAUGGGUUCAUAGUUGGCUCGCAUUUCAAAACAGGAGGAAGCUGGAUGGGAGAUCUUGAAUAUGAAAGAAUCGAGUCGUUCACAACUUUGGUUCGGAAUCUGCGAAAGGACUGAAGUGGAAGGAUCCUGACAAAAGGAUUGUAGGUUUUACAAAGAAGCAUUUAUAAUGUAUGCGGGUGUUUUGUGGGUUUAUAUAGACUAUAGACAGUUAAAUUUGUUAUGUAAUGUAGUUUACAGUUAAUUAACAUGCUUACACAUAU